AUGGCCCCAGUAUCUCGGCCCCGUUAUUCCGACGACACCCUGGACUCCCGAAAACCACCAGGUAGCUCUUCGGGGAGCCCAACAUCCACUCAGUCCAGACGCUCCCCCUGGUAUGGCCGUUCACGCUCUCACUCCCGCAGCCGUGAGGGCCUCAGGCCUCCGUGGAGUGAGUCGAGCGUCGGUGCUUCCUACCCCCUCAGCCGCUCAGAGUCUCGAGAGCCGCCCCCAGGGGUCCGCAACUAUACCUCCUCUUCCCUCUACUAUGGCGAAUACCGCUACCAUCACCACCACAGUCCGGGCAACCGGCAGUGGGCGGAAGACUACGAGAAGGAGAAGGAAGAGAGCUACCGCCAGAGGCGGCUGAAGGAGAGGGAGAGGAUUGGGGAAUUGGGAGCGCCUGAGGUGUGGGGGUUGUCUCCAAAGUUUCCUGAGCCAGAUUCUGACGAACAUACCCCAGUUGAAGAUGAAGUGGUAAAAAAUGAGAAAAGCAGUUCCGAUUCUAGCGCUGAAGAAAAAAAGAAAAAGAAGAUCAGUCGUUCGAAAAAGAAGAAAAGAAAGAGUAAGUCAUCUAAGAGAAAGCAUAAGAAGUAUUCUGAAAGUAGUGACAGUGAUUCAGACUCUGACAUGAAUUCUAGCUCUGAAGAUGAUAAAAAGAGAGUUAAAAAAGCCAAGAAGAAAGAGAAGAAAAAGAAACACAAAGCAAAAAAGCCCAAGAAAAAGAAGAAGAAGACGACUAAAAAAGAAUCCAGUGAUUCAGAAGAGUUGCCAGAAGAUACCUGGAUUGAGCAAUCAAAAACUGCAGAUACCAUGAAUUUAAUAGGUCCAGAAGCACCUAUAAUACAUACCUCUCAAGAUGAGAAGCCUUUGAACUAUGGACAUGCUCUACUCCCAGGUGAAGGUGCAGCUAUGGCUGAGUAUGUAAAGGCUGGAAAACGUAUCCCACGGAGAGGUGAAAUUGGAUUGACAAGUGAAGAGAUCGCUGCAUUUGAAUCCUCAGGUUAUGUUAUGAGUGGCAGCAGGCAUCGCAGAAUGGAGGCUGUGAGGCUGCGUAAGGAGAACCAGAUCUAUAGUGCUGAUGAGAAGCGAGCCCUUGCGUCCUUCAACCAAGAAGAGAGACGAAAGAGAGAAAACAAGAUUUUAGCCAGUUUUCGAGAGAUGGUGUACAGAAAGACAAAAGGGAAAGAUGACAAGUAA